UUUAUUUCAAAUAUUUUUAAUUUUAAAAUUAUUGUUUUAUAAAAUUUAUAUAAUUAUUAUAAUUAAUUAAUAUUUUAAAUAUGGAGAUGUAAAUUCGUUGUAAAAUUCCACGUUAAGUCCUCGUAACGUUUACGAGGAAUUUACAUGAAGUCGUUGUAAAGUCCUCGUAAAAUUUACAUCGACUUUACGUGGAAGCCUUACGUGGCUUUUACAACGAACUAUUACGAGGUAUUUACAUCGUCAUUUACGAGGGCAUUACGACGAAUAGUUUCCUUCCGCUUUACGAGGAAUUGACUUCCUCGUAAACGUAACUAGGACUUUACGACGAAACCUCCGUUACGACGAGCGUUUAACAACGAAACGCGUAUCGAUGUUAAUUCGUCGUAAAGCCCCUAUUACGACGAAUGUACAACGAAUACCGCCCUCGUAAAAAAUAUGUUUUCUUGUAGUGAAUAUGGAUCUCAUAGAACAAGAAUUUUUUUUUUUAAACCUAAUUGGUAAAAAAAAACUUUAGAAACUUAUAAUCUCACAAAGCCUUCAAAGCCCUAAUGCCAAUAUAUCACACAUUUGAUGUAAAAUGGUUUUAAGUAUAAUUUUACAUUCAAAAGAAGUCUAAUUCUAUACUUCCACUUUUAAAAAUAUAUAAAUUUUUAGUUUUGUCUUUGUUUAACUAUUAAUUAAAAUGCAUAAUAUUAUUCUUAUUAAUUUAAUUAAUCACAUAAGAAAUAAUCGUAAAAACUAUACUCAAAUAAUCAAAUAACACUUACUUUGUAACAAAUAUACUAUAGAAUAACACAUAAUAGGAAAGCCAGAGAGUAUUGAAUAAAAGCUAUAAAUUAUAUUUUUAGCUUUUUCUAAUUUUUGCUUUGAGUUUUUUUUUUUAGAAUAUUUGCACUGUCUACACAAGCUUUAUCUCAUAUUUGCACUGUCUACAGUGCUUAAUAGUGCUUAAUUCACUCUUUUUUUUUAUUGAAUCAAAUCAUGUACUUUAAAGUCCUUUUGUCCUCUUUUCAAGUUUUUUUUUUUUUUUUUUGUUAAGUAUGAGAAUUUUCAUUAAAAAAAUUAAUGACACAGGGAGAUUACAAGUUCUGAAAAACUCAAAUCCUAGAAAUCUAAUAAGCUAAUUAAAGCACAUAAGCUAAAGAGAGCCACAAAAAAACUAAAAAGACUCUCUAAAAUUACUACUUAAGGUUUAAUCAUAAUCCUAAGGAUUAGGCUAAAGCUUUGCGAAGGAACAUUUUCGAACAACCAUUUGGUUUCAGUAGAUCACUUCUUGGUGUUGAUACCGGAACCUGCAGCAAGAGAAGAAGUCAUAGGGGUUAACAACCGGAGAACAGUCCGAGACACUAAAGAUGCAAACUUGAAAAACUCUUUUCAAGUUUUAUAAUGCUUUAGAAGAGAAUGAGUUAUUUUGAAUGCAAACGAAUAACUAAAGAUGCAUAACUCUAUGCAGAUGAAUCAGAAGUUUGGCAAUGGAUAUAAGACCUCUCACCUAUGGACUAAAUUCAUUUUUGGAUACAAGAUCAAGAAUUGCGUUAUCUUUCAGAGACUCGAACUGAAGAAGACGAGACGUCGUGUCUGUUCCCAUCUCUUUCUCAUGUCUUGUUUGUGCAUUCACGGACGUUGUGUCUUUUUCACUCGUCCGCUUCUUUGUCUAUUUCUCCUUCCGCGCUUGAAGAUGCUGCCGGCGGUGGAUUUUGCCCCGGUUGGUGAAUGCUUCUUCGCCAGUGGACUAAUUUUUGCAAGUAUUAAUCUAUACAUGAAUCAGACCCAAAUCAAAUAUCUUAUAUUCGUAUGAUAUUCGAAUUAAUUUUAGAAGACUAUUCGAAGUAACUGCAGUUUCUUGAGUAGGAGAGGAGGAAAGCUUGCAGAUUCUCUUCUCUUUUGGUUUAGUACGAGAUAAAAAAAAAAUUAAAUGUACCGAUGAAAAACUUCUCAUUGUAAUUAUUUACAAGAAUAUCCUUUUACCAAAACCUAAACUACUUUGGUAAAACCUACCGAUAUACAUAAAUACACAAGUAUAUAUUAUUCUGUUACGUCAAUCAUAAUCUAAAUUAAAUAUUAUUUUUUUCAUAUCUCACGUUAGAUUGUGUAUUUAUCAACAAAAAAAAAAUCAUAACAAUCCGUCUUAACCAUAAGAAGUCAAUAAGAACUUCAAUAUUUUCUGUGAUUAUUUAAUCUGCGUGGCAAAGACUCAAAACUAAAGACUAGAGAGAGAAAAAGCCAGCGAGCGAGAGAGAGAGAGAGGGGGAAAGAGUAAAAGAGAAUCUACAGAAUUGAAACGUAUUGGUUCAAUCUCUUAGAUUUUCGUUUCUUUAGUUGUUCAUUCUUCAAAUAAAAAUCUCUCUCUUAUUUACCUUAAUCAGUAUUUUUCCAUUAAUAUCUAAGAUCUCAGAUUAUCUUUCCAUUAAGAUAUAUAUAUAUUCUCUUUCAUUUUUUUUGUUUUCGGGUAAUUCAGCUUUUCCUUAGUCAUGGACUCCUCUGGCAUCAACAACACCAACAGCGAAAGCCAUGAAGAGCAGAAUCCAACUCCGGUGAAUCAACUAGGUGCCACUCAGUUGCAACCUUCUCAGCCUCAACCCAAUUACUCUCGCAGAUUUCUAGAUGAACGGCUAUCUAGAUUCCCCAGUGGUGCUGAUCUGCAAACCCUAGAAUCCUCCUUCGGUUCGCUCUCCGUUGCCGAUUCAAGUGUUCCUCCGUUUCUUGAAAACCGUUGGACCAAUGGAUCGUCUUCUUCGUCGUCGUCACUACAAUACCAAGAGAUCAAUGGCGCCCCUGGCUAUAACGGGAGAUGGGAUAGUAGUUAUAGGAAUCCUAACAGUGGUGUUUUCCGAAACGGAAACUCGCAAGACGUUCCUCCUUUGUCAAGAGGUCGUCAUUGGGGUUCCAACAAUGGACUAGGUUAUGUAAGGAACAAUAGUUCUUGGAAGAGCAACCAAGGGUUCUUGAACAACCAUGAUCAGUCUCUGUAUUUCGGGAACCCUAGAACGAGAUCGAUUGCUUCGCUUGCUAAAGAUCAGAGUUCGAGUGCUGAGUUGCAGAGGAAGAUCUCCGAGGGUUCCAAGGAGACCAUCGAUGUGGUUUUCGAGGGUAUUAUCUUUCAUGUCUGUGACUUGAUGGUUGACCCUUAUGGCCAUCACGUUCUGAGGAAGCUUAUGGAGAGGUGCAGCUCUGAACAGAUCUCUCAGAUUGUUGAUGUCAUCACUCAGCAACAGUUUGGAUUUGUUAAAAUUUGCACUGAUCCUGUCGGAGCCCUUGCGGUAAAGUCGCUGUUGAGGUGUCUUCAAACUGAGGAACAAGUUUUACGCAUAGUGGGAGUUGUCAGCUUGGGAGCACUUUUAUUGACAAGGAGCAGCAAUGCAUUUGUGAUUCUCCAAUGCUUCAAGCAGUUUAAUCCCUCCCACACUAGGGAGCUUCUUGCAGUUAUCGCUCAGAACUGUUUGCAGAUAGCAACUGAUGAAUAUGGCUGCCGCAUGCUUCAACAAUGUCUUGAAACUGGUUGUAACGUGGUAAAGCAAAGAUUGAUUCAGGAGAUAAUCGCGAACGCGUUGAGAAUCUGCGCUGACUCCUACGGAAACUACGUGGUGCAGUAUCUACUGGAGCUCGGUGAUCCAAAUGUAACAGUUUCGCUCAUAAAACAGCUGCUAGGGAACUACGCGUUCCUCGCUCGUAACAAAUUUGCAAGCCAUGUUGUGCAAAAGUUCUUGAAAAUCGAGUAUAUCGACCCUAGCUUGAUCGUAUACGACUUGCUUAAAGAUAUUGAUACACUUCUUCUUGAUCCGUUUGGAAACUAUGUCAUUCAAACGGCAUGGUUUGUCUGUAAGGACGAGUUGCGCAUGAUCUUGAUGAUGCAUAUUGAUCGUAAUAAACGAUUGAUGAGGUGCAACAUGUAUGGGAAUAAAAUUCUGGAGAGACUCAAUCUCUAGAGGGGAGAAAGAAUUAAGAAUGUAUUUGCUUCAGGUUUUUUUAUGUCAUUGGUUUGUAUUUUUGACUUAAUCGUCGUUGGGUUUUUUAGGUGAGUGUUUUGUGGUGGGUUUGUUUUGUGAAAUCAUACACCAUUAUAUGUCCUGUAUUGGGAGAUUUGUCUUGGUGUUUGUCUUCUUUAGCAACUCUGUCUGUAAAAGACUCCGACUACUAAAUGUAUAUGUUUGUUGUUUUUAUUCUUGUUUUGCUUCACUGCUUACUUCGUUCAACCUAUUAUUCUUCGAUUAUUAUUGUCUCUUGUUUCAUUUACAAUACGUACUUAUAUAUGCAGAGCCGGCCCUUGGGCCAAGCCAAUGAAGUCCAUGCUUCCGGCCACAAAAUUUAAUCAAGUAUUUUCGGCCACAAAAUUCAUAAAAACUUCUUUAGUCUAGUGGUAUAGCGUACAAAUAAUAGACUUCUUUGGGGCGUCCUGGGUUCGAAUCUGCUGUAGUAAGGAUUUUUUUCUUUUUUUUUUGAUAAGUAGCCACAUUUUUUUUUUUUGCUUCCAGCCUUCUAAAACCUAGGACCGGCUCUGUAUAUAUGCUUUUGAUGAAAUUUGUUUGAGAAUGCUUAGAGCUUUUUUUGUGUUCUUAUUGUUUCAAAAAAUAUUGUUACUACUUACUAGUGUUUUGAUAAGAGAUCUCCAGUUGAAGAUACUCUUUGAAUAUCUAGAUAUUUUUUUAAAAAAGGGAAAUUAGCAUGAAUCUAUAAAAAUAUUAUAUCUCAGGUACAAUCGACAAAUCUGUUUUUCCUCCCAAAAAGGUGAUAAAAACCCCAUAAACUCUGUUUGUAGCUCCUCCUUCCUCUCAAAGAAGGUGAUUGGAAAUCAUUCUGGUGCAUAAGUCGCUUGGUUGGAUCUCUCUGCCCCAAAACCAAGGAGAGAACUGGGGAUCCGUAACAUUGAGGUUUAGAGUGAAAAUAUGCUGUAAAGCUUAUUUGGAUGCUCUUUUUUAGAGCUGGAUCUAUUUGGAUGGCUUUGAGGCAUACAUACCUAAAUCAUGCUCAUCUUUGGUCUCUAUAUGAGAAACCUAUAACUUUUCUUGGAUGUUUCAGAGAUUACUCAAGCUAACCAUUGCAGUUCGGAGCUUAAUUAAGUUUUGAAUUUUUUUCUUAAGCAUUAAUAAAGAGAGUUAUUCUUAUACUUGAUCUUAUUUGAUUCUUGAGUUCUAGAGAACAUGGGAGUGAGAAUCUUCUUUCGUCGUUACUGUCUACUAUCCGAUGAAGAAGGCGGAUGAAAACGGAUUUGAUCAAACAUCGCACUAGGACAACAUCUACUAUCUGAUGACAGUGAUGAUGAAGGAGAACAUUCCAGCGGAGGUUAAAAAGACAAUACCAUGGCUCAUCUGGUUCAUAUGGAAGAGCAGGAACAACAUCAUUUUUGAAGGAAGAUAGAUUAUACCGGAGGAAGUGAUGAAGAAGGCGUAUGUGGAA